UUAAAAAGCGUACUAAAUUAUGGAUGUCUGUCUCCAGUUGAAAUGUGUGAAAGAAUUUUAUUAGCAGGUGCUACUGAAGUCUUGUGACAAGACUCUUGUCUGGGCAAAAUUGCGUCAAAAAUCUUACUUUAAGAGCAAUGGCACAAGAUAUGGCAAAUAUUAAGCGUGAACUCAUGGUGAAGAACAUAGGGCGUGAUCCGUAUAAAGAUUUGAUCAUGGUAGACGUUGUUCAAAGGUUAGGGAUUGAUUAUGAGUUUAAGGAGGAGAUUGAACAAGUGCUGGAGAGGCAGUAUACAGCAAUUGAUGAACUUGUGAACAAUAAAGAUCUAUACUUUGUUUCACUUUGUUUCCGACUGCUCAGACAACACCAGUACUAUGUGUCUGCAGAUGCUUUUAACAACUUCGUUAACAAGACGAGGAAUCUAGAGAUAAGGGGGGAAAGUAAUGAUGCCUUGAUGAGCUUGUAUGAAGCGUCGCAGCUAAGAGUGGAAGGAGAAGAGGUUCUUGAUGAAGCUGAAUACUUGAGCCGCCUACUUCUCCAGGAAAGAAUGAAAUUUCUGAAUCAUGACCAGUCUAUUGCUAUAAAAAAUACCCUAGCUCAUCCCCACCACAAAAGUUUCGCGAGGAUUACUGAAAAGCAUAUUAUCAGCAAUGUAGUUAAUGGUAACGAAGGAUAUGAAAAGGCCUUGCAGGAACUAGUAACUACAGAUUUAGCUCUUAUGCGAACUAUACAUGACAGAGAAUUAAGUGCAGUCUCAAGGUGGUGGAAUGACUUGGGAUUAGCACAAGAGUUGAAAUUAGUGAGAGAUCAGCCCCUGAAAUGGUAUAUGUGCACUACAGCUCUCCUAACAGAUCCAGGUUUUUCUGAGGAAAGAAUCGAGCUAGCAAAACCUAUAUCACUUAUCUACAUCAUAGAUGAUAUUUUUGAUCUUUAUGGGACCAUUGAUGAACUCACUCUUUUCACUGAAGCUGUCAAUAGGUGGGAUAUCGCGGCUACUGAGCAACUACCAGACUACAUGCAGAAGUGUUUCCUUUCUCUGCAUAACAUCACUAAUGAGAUUGGAUACAAGAUCUAUAAGAAAUUUGGCCUGAACCCCAUAGACUACUUAAAAAUAUCGUGGUCCAAAUUGUGCAAUGCAUUUUUAGAAGAAUCAAAAUGGUUUGCUUCGGGACACUUGCCACUAGCAGAAGAGUACCUGAAUAAUGGAAUUGUUAGUUCAGGGGUACACGUCGCUCUAGUCCACAUGUUCUUUCUCAUAGGAGAUGGUUCGACAAAAGAACAAGCUGAAUUGAUUACUAGUAAUGCGAGUAUGUUAUCAUAUCCAGCAGCCAUACUCAGACUCUGGGACGAUUUGGGCAGUGCCAAGGAUGAGAAUCAGAAAGGCCAUGACGGGUCAUACGUGACCUGCUACAUGAAAGAACAUGGAGAAGUAUCUGUUGAAGCUGCGCGAAAACAUGUUCAGGACAUGAUUUCUGAUACAUGGAAACGUCUGAACAAGGAGUGCUUUUCUCCAAAUCCAUAUUCAAAGACCUUUAUUAAAGGGUGUCUGAAUCUAGCAAGGAUGGUGCCACUGUUGUACAAUUAUGCUGACAAUCAGAGCCUUCCACAGCUUGAGGAGUAUAUGAAGAGCAUGUUUGUUUUACCUUUAAAUUGUUGAAAAUAAUAAACUAUUAGCGCAACAAUGAGGCAGUUAUAUAUCAGGAAUUAACAAGAACAAGCAAGGCACCAAAUAACGAAACAAUACACGAAGGCAAAACAGAAAUAUAAUCAGUACCUUAAAUUGACAAGAAAAGACAGAAAUCACUUAGCUUGCAAAGCUUUAUCAAAUACUGAUCAAAAUCAGAAUCACAGCUGAGUCGCCUAGCCCUUGAAAAGUCUAGACUGCUCUUGAAACGAUAAUUGCCCCACUUACGUUGUGUUGGGUUGCAGCAAUCUCGCCUCCAGGAUAAAACAGCUCAGAUCAACUCGUUCACAGACACGCAAUUGAUCAACAGCGACCUGACCUCAGUUCGCCCAGAAAACCUAUGCAAUCUGUUCUGUAUGUAUUAUUGUAGAGAGAAAAUAGAGAAGAGUAGCAGCUAGGGUUUUUGUAUUUUUGAUAUCCCUCACUCACAAAAACGUUUUGAUUCUGUAUAUAAUACAAAAUAAAACGUAACUGAAGAUAUGGCAUUAAUUACAAUAAAUAUUCUGACUUAAUGCAUUUUAUUUUAAUUGAAUAUACUUCAGUACAUUCACCACUCAGGGGCACGUACAUUCACCAGUCAGGGGCACGU